AUGUUUGGCUCUAAAGUCUUCAAGAAAGACGACGAGGCGGUCAUUGAUAGAUGUAUCCCAAAGUCGGUUAGCAAACAGCAUGCCAAGGGUGUCGCGCGACUUUACGUCGCUUACCCGGACCCCAUGAAGUGGACUUACACCGGCUUACAGGGUGCAGUAGUGCUUUGCGAAGAUACUACUGUGCCUUCCCUUUGGUUGAAAAUGGUGGAUAUCUCUGUGAGUUGUGUCAUUUGGGACCAAGAAAUCUACGAGGACUUCCACUAUACUAUGCAACGUUCCUUCUUCUACACCUUCGAUCUCCAGACCGUGAAUCUUCAAGAAUGCCACGCUGGGUUGCUAUUCGCCGACGAGGACCAGGCGAAGAAAUUCGACAAGACAAUGCAAACGCGAGAAAAGCAUAUUAGCAAGAAGACCAGCGAAGUUGCUUUCCAAAAGCGCAAUCCUGACUUCAACCCCGAGGAGCCGGUAUGGCAAAAUCUGAUCCGUGAGCUACUGCCGCUGGUUUACACAAUGGAUGCUAUCACGGUAUUGGUUGACAGCCUGUUUCGACUGGGGCUCAAGAAAAGGGACAUCGCAGGUGAUCCUGUGUUUAUCAAAGAAUACAUUCAACAGAACAACAUGUCCAUUGGUGGUCCCCAAGCUCCUGCAGCUCAGGCGCCGCCGAGACCAGUAGCGCCUGCUCCCGCGCCCAUUACCCCAGUCGAAACCCCAACCGCUAGAACACCGCCGCCGCCUCCUCCGUCUGCGCCGCCAGCCCCCAAAGCCAACAAUAUUAGCCCUCAAGUCACAGGAAGCAGCAAUGGAAGCCGGCGUGGUCCACCGCCACCACCACCUUCAAGAAAAGCUCGCGCUGAUGCACCUGAAGAGCCGGCCGCUCCAUCACCAGCACCCGUCGAAUCACCGCCAGCCCGCAGAUUCAACGCACCUCCUCCGCUCCCAGAUGCUGGCAAAUAUGCUGAACCAGUUGGACCUGCCGGCCCCAGACGUCGUGCUGUAUCUAAUGUAGGCAAUGGUGCUCCAGCAGCCCCGCCGCCUUUACCACCGAAGGCCCCAAUGGACGGCAGUCAGCCUAAAUUUGGAGUGCCUCCACCUUUCACGGGGGAACGAAAACCAUCUGGACCCCCUCCUCCACCGAGUCGCAGCCCUGUACCUCCCGGUCCGCCUCCCCCGCCUCCUCGCGCAGAUGCGCCGCCCCAAUUGCCUCCAUUACCUCCCAAAGUCCCCCAUGCUGGCUCGCCUGCUGCUGCCGCUCCACCACCUCCACCUCCACCGGCCAGAGCACCUGUAUCUCCCCCCCCUCCCCCUCGCUCGGUUCCCCCUCCUCCGGCACCGGCACCCUCAGCCCCUGCGGCACCUCCUCCCCACCAAGAGGACCUGCUUCGCCUGAUUUGCCUGGAAGCGCUCCUCCUCCCCCUCCAGGCCGCUCGGUACCUGGUGUGCCUCCUCCUCCACCACCACCAGGCGGUUCCGCCGGGUUACCUCCUCCUCCUCCUCCGCCUGGUCGUGGGGCUCCCGGAGGUCCCCCUCCCCCUCCACCUCCAGGUCGCGGAGGAUCUGCUGUUCCCCCACCACCGCCUCCCCCUGGAGGAUCUGGAGCACCUCCCCCACCACCUCCUGCGGGCGGAGCUCCUCCACCGCUGCCAUCGACCGGUGGUGGUGGUCGCGACGACCUGA